AUGUAGAUAUAUCAUAAACCUAUACUGAAAACAGAAUUAUUCCUUACUGUUUAAUUUUCAAAUCAUCAUUCCACAUUUGUUUCACAUCACAAUUUAGGGAUUUGUAGAUGACAAAAUAUUUCUGAAAGCCGAAGCUGCAGAGGCACAUUAUUGUUCCAAGAGGGCAACUUUAACAAAAUACAACAGCAUACAUUAAAACUGUGCAUACAAAAAAUUUCUGUGAAUUAUCUACUUGCACAAAAGAGGAAGAACAACAACAUUAAAAUGUGCUCUUAUAUGUGUGGGAACCAACAAGUGAGAUACAAAGAAGCUGCCUGCCUUCAACUUACCCAAUCUCUUUGCCAAACUGUGUUUGUUCCCCCUCAUUAAUACCAGCCUGAGACAACUUGUAAUAAGCAAUAACAGUUGUUAAGAAAUUACUGGUGAACGAAGGUAUCGUACAACCAAAUGAGACGGGCAUUAAUGCUACACAUGUUUCCAGGAGCAUGCUUAACAAUCCUGUGGUUUCUUUUCCAUGUCUUUCAAGUCUUGAAACUACAUAAUUCAUUAUCAAGUUCUGAACUGGUUCAUCAAUUGGAGCCUCCACUGCACGUUUUGAAACUGCCUCAAGUGUACCAACCGAUUUUCGACACUCUACUGUACUGUGUAGUAAAUAGUGCAGGGAACGCUCAUCUGCAGUGAUGGAAUGUAAGAUUCUUAUAGUGUUCUCUGGUAACAUUGUCUCACAAUUUAAUGUAUUAAGUGGUUCCAGUAAACACCUUACUGUUGACUCAUUUAUGUACUUGUCACCCCUGUUGUGAAAUAUUUUUAUCACAGUUUCUGUAAUUACUCUUUCCAGUGGAAUACUACACGAGUGUGCAUUUAAAGAUGUUAUAAGGGCAAUUAGGAUAUGCUGCAAUGGCACUACUCCUGUCUGCUCACUGAAAUAAUCAAGAAUAAAACUGUCUCCUCUUUUAUAGCAUGCCAUAAUACCUAAAAUACUGACAGAAUGAAUAAAUAUUCCUUCCUUAAUCGCAGAAGAGGUGAGCUUAUUGUUAAAAUCAGCACUGUGACAUGAAUAUGUUGGGUGCUUUAAAUACUGAAGUAUUGAACCUGACACAAAUUUUAAAAAUGCAGACACUUUUGACUGAAAACUGAAGAAAAUAUUUCUUCCAAGAGUGCCAUGCAGCCAAUGGAAACACCAAAUAGCUCUUGGAUCAAGAGCAGCAAUUACAUGAAAUGGAUAAAUUAAUGUAUCCCCUGUUGUUGUGUGUAUAUGCAUGGUGAUCAAAAUCAUAAAUGCAUUAAUGAUUUCUUCUAUCCAACUGUUUUUGAAGCGUGCCCAACUCUUAGGCAUUUCGUUGGACAUUGCAAGUAUAAAAUGUACCAGUUUUAUCAAUUUGUUAUGCACAGGAUUUGAAAAAUUCAAUCCUUGUACAAAAGAUGGGGUGGUGCCGAUUGCAGCAUCUAUAUAGUACAAACGUAAGCUUUCUACAAGAUUUAUAUAACAUUCCUUCACAAACGCCAACGACGGGGACGACAUUAUUCUGGCAUGCACUUUUAAGCUUAAUGUGAAUUCUUCUUGGCUCUUCUGGCUAAGGCUGUGCUGUAAAUUGCUUUGAAGAGUGGGCCAGCUUUCAAAUGAUAUACUGUCCGGCAAAUUAACAGAUAACAACUCUCGUAAAGCAUGAAUACGCACAAAAAAAGAUUUGUGUGGCGAAGUUUUGCGGCAUAAACUUUCAAAAUAUUUUGACGGCACAAGUUUAGUAUUAUCCCCAUACUGCAGCAAUUUGUGAGUGUUGAUCAAAUUUCCACCUGUUACAGACCAAUGAAUCCAAUCAAAAUCAGAAUAUUCUGCACGAUGUUUAAUUGCAUCAGCAAUGUCUUCAAUGAAUAACUUCACUUCUGCGGAAUCUUUUACAGCUUUAUAUAUAUUGUGGGAAACUAUUUUCCAUGUCUGCUUUUUUAUUUCACCACUGUAUCUAAUCUUCCUGCGCACCGUUUCAUUAAAUUUUUCCUUAGUUAUCAUCUUAAUCCACUUUACAAUUUCGUCAUUGGUAGCAUCUUGAUGAGGUAAAAAAUUCAUUUUCAUGUUACAUGGCAAGAUGGUUAUUCCCCUAACAGCUGUUCAUUCACUUUCUUCGUGAAGACCUUCACCUAAGCUUCAAUUCACACUUCACUGAUAUUCAGUGCUGCAAUAGCAACUGCCUUUUAACCCUGUCCCAACUCCACUACACAGCACAAUAUUAACGGUGAUAUCCAAACAUAACUCCAAGCUUCCGAGUAAUGACACGAGUACACGACCCAUUCAAAGUAAGUGUUGGGAGAAGCCGCUGUCAAAGAUACUAUUUAGCAACUCAGAUUCAAUGACAUUUCUAACGCCGUUCAACUUCUUGCAAACUGUAGACAGUAGUAUUGCAUGCUGAUGUGUCGCUUUAAUUAGAUGAAAAGGAAAUUUUUAAACUGCGAAUAAAACCCAUUGUGAAUACGAAGAGAGUAGUGGGAACUUGAGGCAAACACGAUACAAAGCUGUUGUUGUAGAGGCUGUUUUUGAAUAUUUAUCUUACGCCGUGAAUAAUAUUUUAGAUAUGUUUGAGAGUACGCGACUGGGGAUUAAAGCGGAUUAUAUUUGCCGUGCAGGCCGGCUGACUGUUUGUCACGGUAGUGAAGUCGACAGCGUAUUGUGCGUUGGGUGAGUCAAACGUGAAAGUCCAGGAACAAAAACGAGCGAAGUCCAUAUGAUCGUCGCGAUGUACCGGUUUUGGCAUAAAUACAGAGAUUAACAGACGAAAAAAGCAGCAACAAUAGUGCCAAAUCAUUAUUUACUCUUUAUUAAAGUAUGAGAAGCAGAACGACAAUUAACUUUAAUUACACAUACAGAACCUGGAAGAGGACGCUGCUUAUGUUAUGAAAUGGUUUCAAUUAUAAAGAAUCAGCUUUUGAAGCAUUUGUCGAGAUUCACCAAAAAUUUGUCAGCUGAUAAGAUCAAUUUGAGCACAUUUAAAGGUGAAGGUGAACUGUCAAACCUCCAACUGGAUGAGGCUGUGCUCACUGAUUUGCUGGAGCUGCCAUCAUGGCUUCAGCUUACAAGUGCAACCUGCAACAAAGUUGCCUUCCGGAUUCAGUGGACGAAAUUAAAAAGUGUUCCUAUUUGUCUUACUCUGGAUGAAGUAUGUGUUGAAGUUGAAACCUGUGAAGAACUAAGAUCAGUUUCUGUUCAUCAAGGGCUGUCGUCAAUAGCUGGGCCAGCAAAAUAUAGUUUCAUAAAUAAGGUUAUUGAUGGUAUGACUGUCAUUGUUAACACUGUGCGAAUUACAUUCAGGAGUCCAGCUUUCAAGGCGACUGUUCAAAUACUACGCAUUGUUGUCGAGUCAAAGUCACCAAACUGGCAGAAGUGUGAUUUACGGAUGACAAGGUUAAAGGAACCUGACCGGGGGCAGAUCCUCAUUUUCAAGGAACUUGAGUGGCAGACAGUGAGGAUUGAGGCAAAUUCCACAAAGGAUAGCACUAUGACUCCACUAAGGCUGCUGACAAACCAUGCAUCAUGCCGUAUAAUAAUAAAGAAACGAUUAUCAGAUAGUCUUGUAUUGGGUUCGUGCCUUGCACUUAUAUUGGAUGAUUUAUUAUGGGUUUUGACUGAUUCACAGCUGAAAGCUGCCCUAUGUUUUGUGGGUUCCCUUGUGGGUUUGAUCCAAAAAGCCACUGAACUGACACGCAUACGCAAAGCGGCACGGAAAAUUGAGAUGCUACCUGAGUAUCAAGCACAAAUAUUACAACAGGAACAUAUCAAAGAUUCUGGAAGCACUUUGUCCCGUCUCUUUAACCGCUAUGACUUCAUUGAAACUUCCUAUCAUUUUCUGCUUAAGCACAUUGACUUACAUCUUUGUGAUGAUCCAGGUGAUGGGCGAUCUGUGCAUCCAGAUCUCCAGGAUGGUGGUGCGUUACAGAUCAACCUCCAACAACUGCAGUUGGAUUACUAUCCAUAUCAUCUGGCUGUGGGAAAUCGAAAGCACUGGCCAGUCUAUUGGGAAGAAAUGUACCCUCAUACACAAUGGCUCUCACAGGCUCUGAGUACUUUUCGUGCACGGCUGUUGGACAUUGUAGACCAGGGAGCCAGUGUUGGCCAUCACGCACCUGUUGGCCGUGCUCAGCAGCAGAACCCACACCAACAGCAGCAGCAGAAGAACUUAGGAGCUCAGCAUGGAGAUUCAAAUGUGAAACGCAGCCAUAAUGCACAGCCUUCAUCUGGAUCUGCCACCAGUGGAAAUCCGAUGAAGACGUACAUAUUGCGGGAGCUCUCAAAGCUCAUGACUUCAUGUUUUGUACUCAGGGUCAAAGACUUCACAUUGUACCAAGUGACAACCACAAAACGCAAACAGAAACCAAAAAUAUUUAUUGCAGGUGAGAGCAGUCGCUUGAAAGGAGAAUCCACACUGGUACAUGCUGAAUUCACAUAUUAUUACUAUCCUGGGGAUAAAGCGUUUCCUUUACCUCCACCAAAAUUCUAUGCACAGCUAAACCCAGUGCAGAUAAAUUUUGAUUUACAUAGUUGUGUAUGGGCGAAUGCAUUUGCGCUGAAUUUGUAUCAGUCAUUAUUGACUGCAGCUGCUGCUCAAGACAACGUGCCGGACCUUUUUUAUGUUGAUGUGAAACUAGAAGCUAUAAAAAUAAAGGUUCUUGUGGACACUGGAGGUGUUGAGUACCGUAAUCAGCGAGACCGGCCACGUCUUCUGCAGAUUCAGGUGGAACGUGCAUCAGUUACAAAUAUACGCAGUAUGGAACAUAGCUCACGAGCAGAUCUGGCUAAAUGUGUGGAUGUUCUUCAGUCUGCACCAUUGUUCUAUGGUGCCAGUUUUCCUGCUAUCCCUUCUGACAAACAUGUUGUAACAGAAAAGUUCUUGAAGCAUUUGGCAGGAAUCGACUCUGUGCGACCAGUUCCUCAUGUAACAGGGGAUGUAUCUCAGUUGGAGCAUUCUUUGUCUCGUACACUGUUAUGGACAGAUGCACGUGAUGUUUGGUGUGUCGCUUUGGAACCUGUGAGUGCAAGCUUUUCGGGUGCCCCUGCAGACAUUGCUGCAGGAGUUGAUCCUGUACCGUUGACUGAUGCAUUCCCAUUAACACUGUGGGCCCAUUGGGAUGCAACUGACUCUGUGCUCAAUACACUUGCUCAUGUACCAGCACUGGUUAGUUUUCAACUUAAUCAUUAUCAAUAUUUGUUCCUUCUGAGAGCGAUGGAUAGAAUUAGUGAGACAGCAGCCGUAAUGAGUGUUGACUCACAUCGCAUUCAAGGAAAUGAUGGUCUCCCACCAACAGUUAUUUUAGCAGGCGUGUUGCUGCCACAGGUUGAAAUAACAUUUGUUAUGGCAUCACAGACACCAGGACGAGAAUACCAUGGCAGUGCCGAUCUUGAAUCUGUUGUCCCUGACUCUGCAAGUCUGGCAGAUGAAGGAGUGAGAAUACAUGCCAAUAGCCUAUCUUCAUCUCCUUCAUUUGAAGGUCAAUUUGACUCUCGACUUCGACAUAGUGUUCCUCCUAAUGUGGCAUCUUACAUGGACACAGUAACUUCAUCUCUCCCAGUAAACUCUGUGCAACCCCUUACUGGUCUUUCAAUACCUGAUAACUUCAAUGCUAGCAUAAGCACUGUUAAAAAGGGCUGGAAAGGCCUGAGCAAUAUGGUUACAUCAUUAGAUUCAGUACUGAAAGCCAGUCCGGAUGAUUUGGCCAGUGAGACUGCUUCUCAACGUAGUGAUGCCUCUUCAGACAGUGAAAGGUAUCUUCUCGAAGGACAGCAGACAGAAGGAUUAGACACUAUGUUUCGUGCUGGAAGUAUUUGUGAACUGUGGCAGCCUGGUCUGGAACUUGCAAGUGAGGUGACAGAAGAUAUAGAAAGAAUUGCUCCUGAUGGCAGUGUCAGCUCACCUAGUGAUGGCCGUUCUCCUGAUGACAGUACUGGCAAGCGAAGGGAUCUGGUAUCCUUGGCUACAAUCAAGUGUGGCCAGGUAGCAGUGAUCCAGCAGUCACAGGGAUUCCACUCAGUAUUAAAGUUGCAGAUAGCCAGGAUUGUGACAGAUGAAUGUGGAGCUAUUCCGCUUGAUGAGUUUCAGCCUGCCAAAAUCAAGAGUAAGUUCGGAUGUCGUUCAAGAGCUUGGGCAGAAGUACCAGCAAGUGAUGAGACAAUGCCGAAGGUAGCAGUGCGAUUUGAGCACACUGUCGAACCAAGGAGAGACCUCCAUCCGCGCUCCUGGGGAAAGAACAAGCUACAAGGUGAAGCGCAUGACCUGGAAAUGGAACUGAACAUGAGUUCACUGAUUGGGCUUGCUGAUUUUAUUGAAGAUGAAAUUAUACCAGAGGCUGUUCCCAUGGAGUUUGGUGUGCAGAAUGUAAAAUUGCAGUUGAAUGAUGAUCGCCCGCCUUCUAGCAUAACUUCUCCCAGCCCUGUUCCAGUGAACUUAAAGAUAGUAGAUAUAUUGUUAAAAAAUGACAGCAACAGAGUUUUGACUGUGGAAUCAAGAAGUGAUAUUUCAGGAAUGAGCAAGAGUGUCAAUACUAACAUUGAAAAUGCUGUGUAUGAAAGUCAGAUAUGCAAGUUGAAACAAAGUAAUGAAGAACUGAAGGCAGAGAAUGUUGAGCUGAAACGUCGGAUGGCUGCACUGGAAAAAAUUGCAGAGGAAAAUUGCUCAUUAAGACAAGCAGUGGAAGACUGUCAAAUUCUUCGAACUUGCUUGAUGACUGCUCAGGAUGAUGUAGCACGUUUGCUUGAAGAGAAACGCACACUCAUUGACAGGUUACGUGGAAUGCAGGAACAGCUUGAUCAGCCACCAAGAACCAAGAGAUAGCACAAGUGCUUUGAAUGCUGUGAAUAAAUGUGCCACUCGCAGCUUUUCAGUGAAGGCAGUAUCACUCGUAAUUUGUUAACAGUUUAGUUUCUUCUCCUUAAAAGAUUCAGCAGAUUAUAUUUUCCUGGAAAUUGACUGUUCCAUUGAUAAAAAAAAGUUAUUAAGUGCUAGUCAGUAUGUAUGCGGAGAAAUAGGUUGUGUUGUUUAUACAUGUGUGCAAGAUGGAGACAUGUUCAUGGAGAGUUAUACAGAUAUAUUUUUUUAACCAUCCGCAGGUGUUAUGUUCCACAGUUCCUUGUUACAUAUCUUUCCUUUUUUUUUAAAUAACAUAUAGUACACACAUAUUGCAAUUUGUAAAACUAAUUUUACUUAAGUCCACUGUGCUUGAAUACAAUGAUAGAGUUGAUAUUUUGUGUACUUUUUUUAAAAGAAGAUAUGCAUUUAUUUUUAUUUUUGGUCAGUAAUAACUUAUCACAAUUUUAACAUAUUUCUGUUACAAUGGUGCCUUUAUGCUUGCCUUUACUUUCCUCCUUAUUGUCAUUACUGGUUUUUUGCCAUUAGUAGUGAUAUAGUAAGGAAUUGUGUUCAUUAGUGGGACUUAAGAAACUAUUAUGUAUUAAAAUAUUAGCAAGAUGUGAAGUUUCCCAAAUGUGAUAUUAGUAGAAGCUGUGUGCUUCGUAAAGUUAUAAUUUGUUGAUUACAUUCAGUGUACAUAUCUAUUUUUGUCAAUUUCAUCAUUAAAAUUCAUUCAUUAUUGUUGUUCCAGCGUGUGCAGACAUGAUAAUAUUUUAGUAUGUAGGUUGUGGUAUUAAGGUGCUCAUUCUAAUGUGCUCUGCAUUAUCAUGUCCCAAACGGCACAUGACUUUGUGCCAACAGUGCAAUAUCCCACAAGUUAAAGCAAAUUCAUUCAGUUUGCAUUCUAACUGACUAUGAAACUUCAUCAUAGUCAUAUUUAAUCAUUGUGCUGCUUUUAGUAUCACUGUUAUGAAACAUUGCUAGACACUCCUCCAUGACCUUAAAAAUCAUAAGUGAAAUGUACCUAAUUGUCUUGAAAGAGUAUGCAGCAUUUUAAACAAAAUGAAAGUAUGUUCAGGCAUGUUUUCUGACACUUUGUCUUCCUUCUGAUCUUUAUCCACCCUCCUUUUUUAUUUCCUUCAAUUUAUGUGAUAUUAUUACCUAUAUUAUGUUGCUUACAAAACAAUUUAAUGAGUGAGACAUGUAUUUUUGUUCAUCCUGUCCAAUUAUUUAACUACACCUCAGUAAUUUCAAUUUUCUCACUUCAUUUCUGCUUCAUUUUUAACAUUUAUUUUAUGCAAGACAGUGUUGGUACAUAUUUUUCAGUAAAUGUUUGAUUAUUAAAAGAUGUUUCUAGACCUGGUCUGGGUUUCAAUGCCAAAGAGUUGAAAAAGCAUUGUUGUGCUAUGUAAUGUUUUUGCGAUAACAAAUGAGUCACUUCUUAUGUCCACAUUAUUACAAUCAAGAAUGUUUCCAAGAUAUUGAGAGAAAGAUUUGAAACAACUAGAAGAUUAACCUGGACAAAGGAUUUUAAGUCUCCACCAUAACAUAACUCUCUGGAACAUAUCCAGCUUCAAAUAUAAUUUGCACUUUCAGUUAACAAAAUUCCUAAUUUAUUAUUGAUAGUCAUAUCAUGAUAAAAAUUGCCAUUUGUCAAGUAUGUGCUUGUGUUAAAAAAUCUACAGCUGUGGAAAGUCCACAGUCCUUUACUUUUGUAGCUGCAUUACAUCUAUACCCCACAAGCUUCCAUAUUAUACGUGUGGCGGAGGAUACUUCAGGCACCACUACCCUUCUCUCCUCUUUUUCUUCUCUGUUACAUUUGGGAAUCUUUCCUGGGAAGAAUAAUUGUCAGUAAGCCCAUAUGAGAUCAAAUUUUUCUGAUUUUACUGGCAGAGUGAUUUCGUGGUGUGUAUAUGAGGAUAGAUCACAACUCAUGAAAUAAGAGGCACUGAGCAGCAGGCAGUUUAUUAUCCUAUUCUAAAUGUGUGUCUUCUGGGUCACAUGUCUUCUAUUUGAUGAAUAGUACCAUAUACUUAUGUAAACUCUGUUGUGGAAUAUAAUUAUGUGCAUGAUGUUUUUAAUGGGUACUAAACAUACAGGGACUGAUUCUGCUUCCAGUUUGACACAGGAAUGGUGAAAUUAUCCUAGUAUUUUACAUCACUGCUACAGAGGUUCCUCUUGUAGUGCUUGAAGAUGCUAAAGAAAAUUGUAAAAAGUAAGACAAUUGAGGAUAAGUCUCACAAUUUUUUGUGGACUCCCUGCUUUUUAUUCUCAAUUCUAAGUGACUUAUCUUUAUUUUCUCCUGCACUUUCUUUUUUACACUCUUUUUUCAUUUAUUAUUAUUUUACAAUGUUCUUGUAUUGGGCAAUUUUUAUAUCAGUAAAGUUCAGGUUGUGUCAAUGUUUUUUUCAUGUCUGCUCUAAACUCCAUUACAACUUAUGAAGUUGUGCUUACUAAAAUUACAUCAUCAGCAAUUUUGUCUGCUGACAAUGUGGUUCCAGCUUUUAAGUUUCGAUGUUUCUUUCAUGAAGACAAACCACAUAAUAAUGCAUGAGAAAAAUCUGCACGCAAUAAUCACUGUGCAACAUUUUCCAUAACUGACCAUAAUAGUGAAACAUCAUUCACAAGCCAAAAUUUGUGUAGUGUACACAAAGUAUUUUGGUUAAUCACAAAUAAGGCAGAAGCUGUAUUUAUCUUUGAUAUUACAGAUCAGUUAAAAUAUUUAGAAUUGCUAUUUCCUCAUAUUCUAUAUUUACUGGUUGUUUCCCAUUCAAAAUUUUGUUACAGAAGGGUACCACACUGUCACAUAUUUGUGUAGACUUCGUUAAACAGACAUCUAAUUGCACAUCAUAAAUUGUAUUGCUAAAUGCAGAAUAAUGUUUUCAUUAAGAGUUUUCAUAAUAUUCUUAAUUUAUGGGACUGCAUAGAAUUAUUUUGUUUCAAGUCUGUUAAUCCCUUGCCUGAAGUUUCCUCCUCCAAUUAUUUAUUGUUCAUUUUUUCUUGUCUGACAGAUAUUACUAUUUACCCAGUGUCAACAUAUAAAGCAGUUGUAACAACAGUUUAAUGCACAGAAGAUAAAUUAAUAAAAUUACAGCAUAAGCUACAAACUUCAAUCAUAAAGCAGGCAUGUACAUUGGUAAUUUUUUUUUAAAUCUUUUGUUACAAAAUGGAAACAAUAAGAGGUCAUCUCAAUGGUAAUGAUGUGUGUUUUUUUAAAAUACAAAUUGAAUUUAAGUUUUGUUUGCUUGAUUCAUAUCCCUAUAAUAGAAGUCAGAUAUAUUAAAGAAGUGUCUCUGCACAUAAUUUUUGCAGUAACCAUGGACAGACUUGCUUGCCUCAUUGUACCAAGCACAAUUUGCAUUACUAUGUAAAACUGACAUAUAAAGAGCAGUUGGUAUAAUUAUUCUGAACUACUUGUGAGAGACGUUUAGACAAUAUGGCUUUAGAAGACCCAAGACUCAUAAAUCAUAGCAUUGAAACUGAGUAAUUCCUUAAGCCUUGUUAGCUCAUUGUUUUAGAAUACACAUACUAUAACAGGUGCAAUUUUUGGAUAACAUACAUUUUAAGAAAUACUUGUAUCUUGGCCUAUGAACUUCUCGCUUUGCAUCCUUUGUUGCAUUACUGGAGUUUUAAAUUUAUUUCCUAAGACAUCCACCAAAAUUUUGUACUUCCUUGUGUGUGUAUGUGUCAUAUACCUGUAUGUAUACAAAAUGUAUCAAGUUAUAUAUUGAGAAUGUUGUGAAAAACUAAAAAAAAGUACUUUUUUCCAUUCAA